AUGAAAAUCAUUGAUCUUGAAGUUGACAAUUAUGAAAAUGAAGAUCGAAUCGGAAAUGAUAAGAAGAAAGAAUCAAUAAUAGGAUAUUUAAGAACGGAGCGACAUAAACCAGUUGAACAUGAAGUUCUUGGUUAUACUGGUGAGGCUUUUGAUGCCAUAGAGGACUUCACCAAAAGUCCAGUUGAAAGUAAAGAUCUCAGUGCUGAUCAAACUGAAGAUGAUGUUGAAG